CACCUGCCGACCGGAAGCCGCCGCACAGACCAGCAGGUGAUUUGACUAAACCGUUUCCUCGUUCUUUUGAUUUUUUCAUUCGGCUCCUCAGACACCGGAGUGACCGAGAGAGACGUGGUGACUCUAAAAGAACCUCGGGCUCCACCGACCGGACGAUGCAGCGGAGCGGCCCCGUCAAUGCUGCCGCCAUGAAUCCCGGAGGAGAGACGCACCUGAACUCUCGACCUGGCGACGUCACCGCUUCACAUCCACAGUCGACGCCCGGCGAUGGCGACGCUUCCCAUAAUGCAUCUCCCCCCCUUGAGGCCUCGUCAGAGCAAGAUGGAGGUCACAACCUGGACCGAGGCGUCUCGCCGCUCCCGGAGUCGGACCCGGUCUUCAUCCUCAGAUCGGUGCUCGGCGCCCGACUGGAGACUCCGCCUUCGGUUUUCAUUCCCGUGCCGAACCCUUACCCCGGCGCCGCCCCCGCCUCCCUCCAGGUCUCCAUCAUCAUCCCGUCCCCAGACCUGUUCCCUUCUUCUCUGUCACCACCGCCGCAGUGCCCCGAGGACGCCAGCCCCGACCUGGAGUGCGCCGUGUGCUUCAGCGAGUUCAACAACGUCUUCCGCUGUCCCAAGAUGCUUCACUGCAGACACACCUUCUGCCUGGAGUGCCUGGCGCGCAUUAACGUCAAGUCGGCUGAGCCCGGCGCCAUCCAGUGCCCGCUGUGCCGCGGCCUCACGCCCCUGCCCGCCCUCGGCCUGCCCAGGCUGCCCACGGACCCGGACGUCCUGUCGUACCUGCCGGCCGCCAUGCAGAGGGUCUACAGCAUCCGCUACCUCCGCAACAAGGGGAAGCUGGAGGUCAAAAGGUCGUCUGAGGGUCACGGGCGGUGGGGUCAGAGGGCACAGAGGUCGAGAGACCGCUCUCUGGACGUGGGGAUUCCCAGCCCGCCGGUCGGGGGCCGCGGCCAGGUGGGCGGCGUGGGCGGCGUGGGCGGCGCUCUGUUCCGGCUGACGGGCCGGCCGGCGUGCAGAGCCUUCCUCCUGACGUCCGUGGUGAUGAUGGUUGCGCUGCUCACCGGCAUCGUCAUCUUCCUGCUCACCUACAAAAAGGAGUCGGCCUGACAUCACGUGAGUGACAUCACUUCCUGUUUUUAUUUUUCAAAUUCCACUCGGACGUGAUCAGCUGACACGCCGGAGGAGCGGCGUCGCGGUGAACUUGACCUUUAACCUGCCUCGUCACAUUUAACUGAACGGUUUCAAACAAACAGAAGAUGAAUCUCAGCAGGUGGCGCCAUCGUCUUCUUCCUGUUUCAUCUUCCUGCAGCUUCAGGCACUUACAGAAAAAAAAGAAAAGGCAGUUUCAUGUUGGAUCCUGUUGUGAAUUUAUUCCCUGAACCUUCUCGUUCAGACUCAGACUCUGAUACAAACUGCUGCCGACUGUAACGGACCCGUUCACCCACCUGACGUCUUCCCUCCUCAGCUCCAGUGAACCAGGUUCGAUUCCUGAGUCCAAACACGAGAUGAAUCAUGAGUUUCACAAAUCUGAAAGAUUCCUGAAAACCUGGACGAAUAAAACCAGAACUUUCUCUCGUCGGCAGCUGAAAAUGACCAGAACUUUUCCUGAAGCACUUUACAAAGCAGAUGUUCCCUCACUGUAUUGAUAAAAAAUAUAUAUUUUAAAAAGAUUAUUAAGAUUAAAUCACAAAUAUUAAUGUGACUGUUUAAGUUACUGUCCAGUUUUUUUAUGUCUAAGGCUUCGACCUGUUUUUACUGUGCAAUGUAAAAUAAAUGAUUUUAUAUUUUUAUACUGUUUUAGCAAAAGUUGCACUUUCACAUGUUUGUAUGUUUAUGUUAAACUUGAAUAAAUUCCUUUUCGAAUUAUAAACUUUUGUCUUUUUUUAUUGAGUUUAAAUUAUCUAGAACUUUAAUGGAUAAAGUUAGUUUCCUUAAAUGUAAAGUUUUUUUAGUUCAGUCGUUUUAAAUCAGUUUGUAAAAACACGACUGUAAAUGGAAACUAAACCACUUUUUAAUUUAUUUUUUGUUGGAAAAGAAAUAAAACAUUUAAGUAUUUUUUUUGCACCCGGACGCUGACGUGUUUUAUUUUUUAUUUUUACGGAAAUUACAUUAAAUAUUUUUUUCCAAGAGAAAAAAUUCUGACCGUCGGAUGUUGAAGAGGCGAGUUUUUGAUCUAUAAACAGAUAUUUAAGCAGAUCUGAUUAUUACUGUGAGACCUCGCCGUCUGAUUUGGUUUUCCAUUUUUCAAAAACCAAAAAUUUGCCUGAAAAGGUUUGAACCUGUCGAGCAGCUGAUAACCUCUACGUCCUCAGGUCACUCGUCCUGCACAUUUCAUGUUAUACAUAUAUACAUAUAUACACAUAUGUGUAUGUAUAUAUAUAUAUAUAUAUAUAUAUAAUGGCGACGACCUGGUUCGCGUGUUCAGGGACCAUCAGAAUAUUGAAGAAAUGAAAACCACGAGUGGCUGAUCGAGACGUGAGUGAGGGGGUCAAAGGUCAGAGUGAUCAUCGCCGUGGUUACGGUGUUGUCUGCUGCUGUGAUUCGUCCAUCGUGUCCUCUGUGACACGGCGUGUGUCAGAACGUGGGCGUGUUCACAGGUUCGUGUGUGUGUGUUUCUGUGUUCGGACACACCUUCACAACACACACGCCCGUUUCCAGGGAGACCAACCACGACCGAGAUCUGCCCCCGGGUCCCAGAGAGACACCGGGGGUAAAGAUCUGCCCCCAGGUCUCAAUUAUAUCAAACAGUUAAAUUGAACCUGACGUUGUGAUGACACAACGUGUCCAAGUUGCAGUAGAAGAGGAGAAAUGUACGUAAAGUUCAGACUGAACGAGAGUUAAUCAUCUUCAUGUGAUGGAAUCGUUCUCUGAAGCCGAACGGGAGAAGAACCAGUGGAGUCGCCCCCUGCUGGUCAGCACACAGAAUACAGGCCUCACACACUUUCUGGACCCGGUGAGUUUUAUAAACAGUUAAUUGAUUCGAGUCACAAAGUGAUCACAUGACCUCAGACUGCUGCUCAGACAAAAAUAUUAAUCAUCUGAGGACGUCCCUUUGGGCAUUUUUUCAUUUCAUUAAAUAGAUUUGGUAUU